AUGGAAACCAAAUGCCAUAACAACAAGUGUAAAGUUUGGCAAAAUGACAUUAAUUUGCAUUCUGGUACAUGUUUGAUGGUUAAGGUUCUUCGUUCCAGGGUUUUUAAGCUCCUUGGUCGGUUCUUGAUGGUUUUUUCUUUAUCCAUUGUGUUACUUAAAUUCAUCGUGAACAACAAAACUGGUAUGAACCCUGAAAUUAUCUUCGAUAAUGCUGUUGUCGCCGCUGAUCCGGUUAAUCUGGAGUUUCUGCCAGUUUUGUUCAAUGAUUUGAACAAUGAAGAAAAAGAAACCAUUCAAGGUUCUUUGUUAUCGACGAAAAUUGAUAUGGAAUUCAGUGAUGUAAAUGAUUUGAAAGAAAAAAGCUUUGUCCCCAAUGAGUCCUUUGAUUUCAUCUUCACAAAAAGAUUUCAAUCCACACACGAAUUCAUCGACCGCAUCCUCAAAGUCGGUGGCAUCGUUUCUGUUCAAGAGCUGGGUGAAUGGUCUUCACAUUCAUUCAACAAUCCGUCUGAUUAUAAGAUUGUUUACUACAAGAAAUUUCAGUCGAUAAAUGUUUUUGUAAUGAAAAAGCUCAAAAAUGUUCGAACAACCUUGGCCACCACCAAAAGGCGGCUCUUAGGGUAUAACACAUCGGAAGCAAAGAAAGCGGCAUUGAAGAAACUAGAAGAUGUUCUUCUCGAACCGCCGAGAGCGUUCUCGGGGACAUCGAAAACCUACCGCAAACGAACCAAAUAUUUACCGGACUUAUUGGGGGACACGCUCGAAAGCUACCCUCGUCGGGUUUUCAUCGACGUGGGCUCGCUGGAGGAAGACGUUGGCAGCAGCACCAACUGGUUUUCCAAGCACUACCCAACACGGAACCUGGAAUUCGAGAUGUACAAGAUUGAGACACUGACCAAGGAGUCAUGGAAGAAAAAGGCGGUGCCGGAGACGAUGGGGAUGUCGGAUUGGCUGAGAAAGAACGUGAAAGAAGAAGAGUAUGUGGUGAUGAAAGCAGAGGCGGAAGUGGUUGAAGAUAUGGUAAAGAGCAAAGCUAUAAGAUUGGUUGAUGAAUUGUUCUUGGAAUGCAACCCUAAAGGAGUUGGUGGAAGAAAGAAUAUGAGAAAAAGGGCUUACUGGGAAUGUUUGGCUUUGUAUGGCAAGUUGAGGGAUGAAGUUGUUGCGGUACAUCAAUGGUGGGGUUGA